AUGCAGCUCCGCCGGGCUACCGCCGCCGGCGCCCUCCUCCUAACACUAACCCUCCUCACCACCCUCGCCGAAGCCCACAACAUCACGCGCAUCCUGGCCAAGCACCCGGAGUUCUCGACCUUCAACCACUACCUUACCCUGACCCACCUGGCCGCCGAAAUCAACCAGCACACCACCAUCACCGUCUGCGCCGUAGACAACUCCGCCAUGUCAGCCCUCCUCGCCAAGAAGCCCUCCAUCUACACCAUAAAAAACAUCCUCUCCCUCCACAUCCUCCUCGACUACUUCGGCGCCAAGAAGCUCCACCAGAUCACCAACGGCACCGCCCUCGCCGCCACCAUGUUCCAGGCCACCGGCUCCGCCCCCGGAUCAGCCGGCUUCGUUAACAUCACCGACCUCAAGGGCGGAAAGGCCGCCGAGGCCCCGGCACCGGGCCCCGCCGAGCUGAACAUCACCAGCAUCAUGUCCGCCCACGGCUGCAAGGUCUUCGCCGACACGCUGCUCGCCAACCCGGACGCCUUCAAGACCUACGAGGACAAUGUCGGCGGCGGGCUGACCGUGUUCUGCCCGAUGGACGACGCCUUCAAGGCUUUCCUGCCAAAGUUCAAGAACUUAACCAGGGCCGGGAAGGCGUCGCUGCUAGAGUACCACGCCGUUCCGGUGUACCAGUCUAUGGCCACGUUGAAGUCCAACAAUGGGCUGCAGAACACUCUGGCCACUGACGGCGCUAGCAAGUUUGACUUCACCGUCCAAAACGACGGCCAGGAGGUCACUCUGAAGACGAAGAUCGUGACGGGGAAGAUCACGGGGACUCUGAUCGACGAGCAGCCCGUGGCUAUUUACACCAUUGACAAGGUUCUGCAGCCCAAGGAGCUUUUCAAGGGUGCUUUGACUCCAGCGCCGGCGCCGGCUCCUGAGAAACCAGCCCACGCGCCGAAGAGUUCGAAGAAGAAGACGAAGGACGUGCCUUCGCCAGACUCCGAAUCGCCCGCUGACUCGCCGGAUGACAACCCCGCGGAUCAGACUGCGGAUGAUAAUAAUGGAGCCGUUGGGGUUGGAAGGUUGGGAUUUGGAGGAUUGGUUCUCAGCAUGUGGGUAGGCUUUUUACUGCUGUAA